AUGUUGAUCCUAAUAGCCUGGUGGUGUGUCAUCUGGAUAGCAAAUGGUGCAGUGCUUGAUCCAGCUCUAUAUCUUUUACCAAGUCCCCCCAUGAACGAAAAAUCUGCACCUUGGACACAGAAGAGAGUAGAACGAAAUGCUCACGAUUUAUCUGUGGUUCCCAUACAGUACGAAAAACUUACCUAUGCAGCAAUACGCACAACAACGUUGCCAUCAUUUCAAACCUCAUCUUUACCGUCAGUUUCAACAACACAAUCUGUUUCGCCACCACCAACUAUGACGCGUCUUACACUAAAGCCUCUUACAACAACGACGUUGAGUCCCACAAAAACAACAGAAAACCUAGAAUUAAUGGACAAUGCAGAAACAUUCUGGCCACUGUUCCGCACUUCGCUGCCUUACGUCGGUAUCCACGUCCCUUUGUCAUUCCGCCUAAGUGGUACUUAUGGAUAUGGACAAGACACGGUAUUAGGUUCUGCCACGGGCAAUACAGGUGUAAUAAGCACAAGUUAUGUUAGUACACCGAAUAAGCACCCCGGCGUUCAAAAUUUGUACGAACAAAUAGGUUUGUAUGGAAAAUCAGGGUUGGCAGGUAGUAGUUAUGGUUCUUAUUCUGGCUACGGUACAAGAAUUUACGGCAGCCAAGGUGAUUCAGCGUGGAGUGGGUGGGGCAAUGGAAAAUGGGGACAUUAUGGGAAGGGAUAA